AUGAGUCGAAGAAACGGAAGUGGACCAAAGCUUGAUUUGAAGCUGAACCUAUCACCACCAAGAGUUGAACGAAGAAGAAUGGAAUCAUCACCAACACGAUCAGCUUCGGUGUCGCCGCCGAGUUCUUGUGUUUCAUCUGAGAAUGGACCGAACAGCCCCGAAGCAACCUCGAUGUUACUCGUUGGUUGUCCUCGCUGUCUCAUGUAUGUGAUGCUCUCCGAGAAUGAUCCAAAGUGUCCCAAAUGUGAAAGCACCGUUUUGCUUGAUUUUCUCAACAACAAUAAGAAGAAUUAG